GCUCAUAUGAAGAUAGAUCUUGGCAAUGAAGUCCGCAUGCUACGGUGCUACGGUGCUACGGUGCUACGGUGCUACGGUGCUACGGUGCUAUAGUGGAGCGAACAGACGUUCUCCUUGGACGGUGUUAUCAUCGAGUCUCAACGCUCUCGGCCUCAGCUAGUGACCGUCUUCUUCUACAUUUGAGCAUACACUCUCCACGGCCUGUAACAUCUUCCCCGAGGACGUAGUCCGUCGUGCUAUCGCGACACCUCGAAAGGUAGCAUGCAGAAUGCAUUUUGUGUAUGCACAAAUCGUGCCUCAAAUCGCACAUGGUUGGAUUGAUGUCCUGCGUUGGGUCGUCGGUAGCAUGUGCUCGGCGAUACUUGGUUGUUCUUCAGCCUUUGGGCCAGCUGGGCGACUACACUACAUCCGUCCUCUGCCAUCGGUGUCAGCUUAUCACAGAAUCUUCGUUCUUAUCGCGAUCGCGACCAAAGAAGUUGAUAGCAUGUUGCGUGUUGUACUGUGACCGUUGUUCGUGUGUGGUCGACGUCCUCGGUGGAUCGUGUGCACAUGGGCCUGGUCAGAGCAAACAGCAACCCUCACGUGAGACAUAUCAAUCCUCAAGCCAGAGGUGUCGUCGCAGCCACUGUACGAGUUCGUCGCGUACAAGUGGCUAUCAGUUUACGACAGCACGUCUGGUCAUGAAUAGUCGGUGCGGGGAGCGAUGACGUCGGUGGGCUGAACGACCUCUGUGAAGCAUGCCG